AGAUGUCGGGUCGUGGUAAGCAGGGCGGCAAGGCUCGGGCGAAAGCCAAGUCUCGCUCGUCCCGCGCUGGGCUGCAGUUCCCUGUGGGCCGUGUGCACCGCCUUCUCCGUAAAGGCAACUAUUCGGAGCGGGUGGGCGCCGGGGCGCCCGUGUACCUGGCGGCCGUGCUGGAGUACCUGACGGCCGAGAUCCUGGAGCUGGCGGGCAACGCGGCCCGCGAUAACAAGAAGACGCGCAUCAUCCCGCGCCACCUGCAGCUGGCCAUCCGCAACGACGAGGAGCUCAACAAGCUGCUGGGCCGCGUGACCAUCGCGCAGGGCGGCGUCCUGCCCAACAUCCAGGCCGUGCUGCUGCCCAAGAAGACCGAGAGCCACCACAAGGCCAAGGGCAAGUGAGGCCCCGGCGGUCGCUAGCGCAAGUCGACGGACACCAAAGGCUCUUUUCAGAGCCACCCACGCACGCAGGGAAAGAGCUGGACA